AGCCAGAAAAUUUCCAUCACUCAAUCACUGAAUCUCGUCGUCAGUGGACGUGAAUAUCGUUCUCUGGGCUAGAAAAUCGCACACUUAGUAUCUAUUUUCCCCUCUGCUUCUUAAAAAAAUCGUUAUUUUACAUGAAAACCAAUUUUUGAGGUCGUAUAGAAGCAUGGCGAUACACACUCGUUCUUGAAGUGUUGCCUAAUCAUUCGAUUCGGGGGAGGAUAUUCGCCGGACGACGUACGCAUACCCCCAAACACUAUUGUUGGAAUUGCAGCAGUAGUGCACACAGCGUGCAAGAUAGUCGUCUCUUAUAAACACACUGUGAUUGGCUGAUGAAGCUGCAAUCGGAAAGCAUGGCAACGGUGACUGAGCAAUCAGGGAAAUUGCUUGACUUCAGUCAGAAAUUGGACAUUAAUCUGCUGGACAGCGUUGUAGGCUGCCUUUACAACGGUGCCGGAACACAGCAACAAGUUGCCCAGCAGAUUUUGACCAGCCUGAAGGAGCACCCAGAUGCUUGGACACGAGUUGAUACUAUUCUAGAGUAUUCAAGUAAUCCACAAACUAAGUACUAUGGACUCCAAAUUCUAGAAACGGUGAUAAAGACGAGAUGGAAGGUACUUCCCAGAACUCAGUGUGAAGGAAUAAAGAAAUUUAUAGUUGGCCUCAUAAUAAAGAUCUCCUCAGAUUCCUCAGCCAUGGAAACCGAAAGGGUUUACCUUGGUAAGCUGAACAUGAUCUUGGUGCAGAUACUCAAGCACGAAUGGCCCAGGAACUGGCCAACCUUCAUUAGUGACAUUGUCGGGGCGAGUGAAACAAAUGAAUCUCUGUGUCAAAACAACUUGGCAAUUCUGAAAUUGCUCAGUGAGGAGGUGUUUGAUUUCUCCAGCGGACAAAUGACACAGGCUAAGGCCAAGCAUCUGAAGGACAGCAUGUGCAAUGAAUUCUCAAAAGUGUUCACUUUGUGCCAGUUUGUCAUGGACAAUUCACAAAAUAUUCAUUUGGUAGACGGCUGCUUACAAACUCUGCUGAGAUUUCUCAACUGGAUUCCUCUUGGUUAUAUCUUUGAAACCAAGUUGAUCAACACUCUUAUUUAUAAAUUCAUGAAUGUACCGCUGUUCAGGAAUGUGACAAUGAAAUGCUUGACAGAAAUAGCAGGUGUUAACGUCAGUCAAUAUGAGCAGCAGUUUGUGGUGUUGUUCACACUGGCCAUGACUCAACUUAAACAGAUCUUACCAUUGUCCACGGACAUUAAGGGUGCAUACGCCAGCGGACAAGAUGAAGAGCAAAAAUUCAUCCAGAACUUGAGUUUGUUCCUGUGCACCUUCUUCAAGGAGCAUGUGACGCUGAUUGAGAAGAAGUCUGAGCUGCGAGACAUCCUUCUUGAGGCGCAUCAGUAUUUGCUUCUGAUCUCUGAAGUUGAAGACACUGAAAUCUUUAAGAUUUGCCUGGAGUACUGGAACACACUAGCAUCAGAGCUGUACAGGGAGAGUCCCUUCUCAUCCACAACACCGUCGUCACCAUUACACAUAACUGGCAGCACUACACAGGAGAUUCCACCAAGGAGACAACUGUAUCUGGACAAACUUUCAAAGGUGCGCCGUGUGAUGAUUUCCCGCAUGGCUAAGCCAGAGGAGGUGCUUGUUGUAGAGAAUGACCAGGGAGAAGUCGUACGAGAGUUCAUGAAGGACACGGAUUCAAUCAACAUGUACAAGAACAUGAGGGAGACACUUGUUUACUUGACACAUUUAGAUUAUGGUGAUACUGAGCAAAUCAUGACAGAGAAACUUACGCUACAAGUCAGCGGACAUGAAUUCUCCUGGAAAAAUCUCAACACGUUAUGCUGGGCCAUUGGCUCCAUCAGUGGUGCCAUGCAUGAAGAAGAUGAAAAGCGAUUCCUUGUCACGGUCAUCAAGGACCUCCUGGGACUGUGUGAGCAGAAGAGAGGGAAGGACAACAAGGCCAUCAUUGCAUCCAACAUCAUGUACGUGGUCGGACAGUACCCAAGAUUCCUCCGAGCUCAUUGGAAAUUCCUGAAGACUGUCGUCAAUAAGCUCUUUGAGUUCAUGCAUGAAACACACGAUGGCGUUCAGGACAUGGCAUGUGACACCUUCAUCAAGAUAGCGCAAAAGUGCCGGCGUCAUUUUGUACAGGUCCAAGUCGGUGAGGUGAUGCCGUUCAUUGAAGAGAUUCUGAAUACCAUCAACACAAUCAUCUGUGAUCUUCAACCACAGCAGGUACACACUUUUUAUGAAGCCGUUGGUUACAUGGUCAGCGCACAGACAGAUAGUAUGGUACAGGAACACCUGAUUGAGAAAUACAUGCUUCUACCCAAUCAGGUGUGGGAUGGGAUCAUCCAACAGGCUACAAAGAAUGUGGAUAUUCUACGGACAGAAGAGGUUAUUAAACAGCUUGGAAGUAUUCUGAAGACAGAUGUUCGAGCUUGCAAAGCUGUCGGUCAUCCGUUUGUUGUUCAGCUUGGGAGAAUAUACCUGGACAUGCUGAAUGUGUACAAGUGCAUGAGUGAGAACAUCUCGGCAGCGAUCACCAGCAACGGGGAGGUAGUCACAAAGCAGCCGCUGAUACGCAGCAUGCGCACCGUCAAGAAGGAAACACUCAAGCUCAUCUCGGGAUGGGUCAGCAGGUCAUCAGACCCCCAUAUGGUUUGCGAGAAUUUUAUCCCUCCUCUUUUGGAGACAGUAUUGGCAUACUACAAGAAGAACAUCCCGGCCGCUAGGGAACCAGAAGUCCUUAGCACGAUGGCAACAAUAAUUAAUAAGCUGGAGAAUCACAUCACAGACGAGGUGCCCACGAUCUUUGACGCAGUCUUUGAAUGUACCCUUGAGAUGAUCAACAAGAACCUGGAGGAGUACCCAGAGCAUCGGACAAACUUCUUCCUGCUACUGCAGGCAGUCAACAACCACUGCUUCCCUGCACUGCUCAACAUUCCUGCAAGGCAGUUCAAGCUGGUGUUGGACUCCAUCAUCUGGGCUGUUAAACACACCAUGCGAAAUGUCGCAGAUACAGGACUUUCCAUCUUGUAUGGACUGCUUCAGAAUGUGUGGCAGGAGAAUUCUGCAGCCCAGGGCUUUUACCAGACCUACUACACUGACGUCUUACAACACGUAUUGUCUGUAGUUACAGAUACAUCACAUACUGCAGGUCUGACUAUGCAUGCUAGCAUCCUGGCGUACAUGUUCAGUAUUGUGGAGACCAGUAAGAUAACUGUACCACUUGGGACUAGCCAGGGAAGUGUAACCAACGAGUUAUACAUCAAGGACUUCACUGCCAGUUUACUCAAAUCGGCUUUCCCUCAUCUACAGGAUGUCCAGAUUAAGUUAUUCGUAAAGGGACUGUUCAGUCUGAACCAGGACAUUCCUGCCUUCAAAGAACAUCUGCGAGAUUUCCUUGUACAGAUCAAGGAGGUAGCUGGCGAUGACACAAGCGACCUGUUCCUGGAGGAGAGAGAGGCUCAGCUGAGACUAGCCACAGAGGAGAAACGCAAGAUUCAGCUCUCUGUACCAGGCAUUAUCAACCCUCAUGACAUGCCAGAAGAAAUGCAAGACUAGAGACGCUUGGGGAGUGUUUGUCAGUCAGUAGGAUACAGUUUGUGUUUCCUUUUUAGAUGAAGUUAAAGAUGCGGUGUCCGUCCUAUUAUCCCUUGGUCCAACUUGAAAAUGCACAUCGGCCAUGUAAUGCUUAGAUAAGGGAAGUACCUGAACAUGAUGUAUGAAUGAGUACAAUAUGUGUUUCCUUUCAUGAAGUCAGAAUGUAUUAUCUUAUUUCACUCUUCAUGACAUUAUGGCAAGACGUGGAAGUUUACGUCUCUGUACUAACAUCCCGUCUAUUCUGAGAUGAAACGAGAUUAAAGCCACUGGACACCUUAGGUAAUUACUCGAAAUAGUUAUUAUCAUAAAAACCUUACUUGGUAACGAGUAAU